GGAUGAGUGACAGCCCAGCCUACUUUUUAAUAGCUUUGUCAUGUGACGGGGACCAGUAGUAAGACAGGUGCCUUCAGUUCACUCUCAGAAAGGGUCUCGUUGCUGCAUGCGUGUGUGCUCCCUGCCCGGCUCUGGAUUGCGCCUCACGAGUGGCACUGCUGCGGUUCGGGAGCUGGAUGGCGUGGGACAUGUGCAACCAGGACUCUGUAUGGAGUGACAUCGAGUGUGCUGCUCUGGUUGGUGAAGACCAGCCUCUCUGCCCAGACCUCCCAGAACUUGACCUCUCCGAACUAGAUGUGAACGACCUGGAUGCAGACAGCUUCCUGGGGGGGCUCAAGUGGUACAGCGACCAGUCUGAGGUCAUCUCCAGCCAGUACAGCAAUGAGUCUGCCAACAUCUUUGAGAAAAUAGAUGAAGAGAAUGAGGCAAACUUGCUAGCAGUUCUCACUGAGACACUGGACAGCAUCCCUGUGGAUGAGGAUGGAUUGCCUUCAUUUGAUGCACUGACAGAUGGAGAUGUGACCAAUGAACAUGACGCCAGCCCUUCCCCGAUGCCCGACGGCACCCCGCCGCCCCAGGAGGCAGAAGAGCCGUCUCUACUCAAGAAGCUCUUGCUGGCUCCAGCCAACACUCAGCUAAAUUACAAUGAAUGCAGUGGUCUCAGCACACAAAACCAUGCAAAUACAAAUCACAGGAUCAGGACAAGCCCUGUGGUUGUUAAGACUGAGAAUUCGUGGAGCAAUAAAGCGAAGAGCAUUUGUCAACAACAGAAGCCACAAAGACGUCCCUGCUCUGAACUUCUCAAAUAUCUGACUACGAAUGAUGACCCUCCUCAGAACAAACCAGCAGAGAACAGGAACAGCAGCAAAGAGAAAUGCACCUCCAAAAGGAAGCCCCAUCUGCAGUCUCAGACAAAUCACCUGCAAGCCAAACCAACAAGUUUAUCACUUCCGUUGACGCCUGAGUCUCCAAAUGAUCCCAAGGGUUCCCCAUUUGAGAACAAGACUAUUGAACAAACCUUAAGUGUGGAACUCUCUGGAACUGCAGGCCUAACUCCACCUACGACCCCUCCUCAUAAAGCCAACCAGGAUAAUCCUUUCAGGACUUCACCUAAGCCGAAGUCAUCAUGCAAGACUGUUGCACCACCUUCAAAAAAGCCCCGUUAUAGUGAGUCUUCCAGUUCUCAAGGAAACAACCCAGUCAAGAAGGGUCCAGAACAGACUGAGCUGUAUGCACAGCUUAGCAAGACUACAGCACUGUCCAGUGGACAUGAGGAGAGAAAGACAAAACGGCCCAGUUUGCGGCUGUUUGGUGACCAUGACUACUGUCAAUCUGUGAAUUCAAAGUCGGAAAUACACAUUAAAAUAUCCCAGGAACUUCAGGACUCCAGACAACUAGAAUUUAAGGAUUCUUCACCUGGGUGGCAGUGUCAGAUUUGUUCUUCUUUAGGACAAGACCAGUAUUUCAAGAAAGAGACUUUACAGACAAGUAAGCAGGGAUCCCAAGGUAAUAACAGAAAACAGCUCCAAGACCAAGAAAUUCGGGCUGAACUUAAUAAGCAUUUUGGUCACCCCAGCCAAGCUGUUUUUGAUGAAGAAGCAGAUAAGACCGGUGAACUAAGGGACAGUGAUUACAGUAAUGAACAAUUUUCCAAACUACCUAUGUUUAUAAAUUCAGGACUAGCAAUGGAUGGUCUCUUUGAUGACAGUGAAGAUGAAAGUGAUAAACUAUGCUACCCUUGGGAUGGGACACAAGCCUAUUCAUUAUUUGACGUAUCGCCUUCUUGCUCUUCUUUUAACUCUCCAUGCAGAGAUUCAGUAUCUCCACCCAAAUCCUUAUUUUCUCAAAGAUCCCAAAGGACACGCUCUAGAUCAAGGUCCUUUCCUCAACGCAGGUCCUGUUCCCGUUCUCCAUAUUCCCGAUCGAGAUCAAGGUCACCCUGCAGUAGAUCCUCUUCAAGAUCUUGCCACUGUUACGAGUCCAGCCACUGUAGACACCAAGCACACCGAAGUUCUCCCUCACGUGCAAGGUCGCGAUCCAGAUCACCGUACAGUCGCAGACCCAGAUAUGACAGCUAUGAGGAAUAUCAGCAUGAAAGGCUGAAGAGGGAAGAAUACCGCAAAGAGUAUGAAAAACGGGAAUCUGAAAGGGCCAAACAAAGGGAGAGACAGAGGCAGAAAGCAAUUGAAGAGCAUCGUGUGAUUUAUGUGGGUAAAAUCAGACCUGACACAACCCGAAAAGAACUGAGGGACCGGUUUGAAGUUUUUGGUGAAAUAGAGGAGUGCGCAGUAAAUUUGCGGGAUGAUGGAGACAGCUAUGGUUUCAUCACCUACCGCUACACUUGUGAUGCCUUUGCUGCUCUUGAAAAUGGAUACACUUUACGCAGGUCAAAUGAACCUGACUUUGAGCUGUACUUUUGUGGACGCAAGCAGUUUUGCAAGUCUAACUAUGCAGACCUAGAUUCAAACUCAGAUGAUUUUGAUCCUGCUUCCACUAAAAGCAAGUAUGACUCCAUGGAUUUUGAUAGUUUACUUAAAGAGGCACAGCGGAGCCUGCGCAGGUAACAUGUAUCACACCCGAGGAAAACGGAGGGAUGGCGAAUACCUCACGGACAUCACGUCCUUCAAUAAUGGACAAUUAAAAGUCAUACUUAGGAAUUUCUCCUACUUUACACUCUCUGUUCAAAACCAUGGUUUACAUGAACACAGCUGCUCGAGGAGGGAGGAGGCAGAAUGGCUUUCCAGCAAGCACACGCGUGUCCAUGGGUGUCAGCUUUGCUUUCGCGGGUGACCGGUGGCGGGGCAGCCUGCGGUCCUCUCGUGACCGAGGGCAAACCACAUGUCAUGGCAGCAGUUCCACAGAGAUACACUUACAACGUAGAACUUCAAAAUGUGUACAUAGUGCAUUUUAACAAAACGAGAACAAAAGCAAAGCGGAAAAAGAACAAAUUUGCGAACUAUGGCUGCUGAUGUCUGGGAAUCAGACACUGCAUUUUUUUUUUAAAUGAAGCUUCUUCUCACAACAGAGUGAUAAAUGACAAUCCAGAAGAAAACGCAGGUCCCACAAGCCUGCAAUGUGUUUUAGUUUUAAGAUCUUUCUUUUUUUUUUCUUGUUUUUUUUUUUCCUUGCAGAAGAGAAAAUGAAAGGCUAAAGCUUCCCUAACAUUUUGAAGUUUCGUCUUUUAAUUCUGACACCCAUGUAAAUGUCUACAAUGUUGAUCUUCCACAGCAAAGUUUUCAAAGCCGUGUUAAUGGUCAAAUGUGCAGCUUGUUCAGCGAUUUAUUCUAAUGAGCGGACGUGGUGUUACAUUAUUAAUGAGAGUUGGAUAGAACUAUCUGGGUGUGAGCGCAGAUAGUUUAUUUGCUACGUUCUCUAAAGUAGUUGAGUAUUUACAGAUGUUAAAUGGAGUAUUUUUAUUUAUGUACAUACUGUAUGACAAUGUUUUUUUUUUGUUACAGCUAUGCACUGUAAAUGCAGCCUUCUUUUCAAAAACUGCUGAAUUUUUCUUAAUCAAGAAUACUCAAAUGUAAUUAUAUGAGGUGAAACAAUUAUUGUACACUAACAUAUGUAGAAAGCUGAACUUAUGCUUAUAUAUAUUUGAUUGUAAAAAAAAAAAAGAGAAAAGCGUGUGGGUGAGGACGUGCGAGUGUGUGUGUGUCUGACUGCAAAAACGCUUUACACACAUUCAUCCCUUCCUUGGUGAGCUUAUGUAAGAAUUUUGUCAACGAUGAUCCUAGCCCAAAAGGUGUUAACCACUUCUGCAGUAUUUUUCCACAUUUUUCUCAUUGCUUGGUUUUUUUUUGCAGUUUUAUACACUGAAUUUGUUAGGGGAAUGAAAUUUUCUCAUCUAAAUUUUUCUAGGAGAUAUCAUAAUUUUAUGUAAAGUCUCUCAAAUGGGUAAUCAUUAAGAAAUGUUUUUAUUUUAUGUAUCAACAGUAGUUUUGGAACUAGAGAUCAGAAAUCUUUUUAAAAUGCUAUUUUGUUUUAAUUUUUGUGAUUUUAAUUUGAUAAAAAUACGCUGAGGUACUCAGUACAGUAUGAUUUUUACAGUAAUUCUGUGUCUAAACACUGUUCUCGAAGCCAGUAAUCUUUUCAUUGGCAGAGUUUAAUGAUGGUAUUUAUCUGUAUUUUUUACAGUUAUGCAUCCUGUAUAAAUAAUGAUCCUUCAUUCCUUUGUUUACUAAAGAGACAUAUUUAUCAGUUAUGAUUAUCCUAUUUAUUAUAAAUUAUGAGAUGACUAAAAUAAGAAAAAGGCCAGUGGAAAUUUUAUACCUAGGAUGCAUGAUGAUUGUCAGUUUGGAGUAAGUGCUUUGUCUGAAAAUUCAGCUUUUGCAGAAGCAGUGGUUUUUGUUGGUUUUUUUUUCUUUUUUUUCUUUUUUUUACUGUGCACUAGCAUGGCCUCAGAUGUGCCCAUGACAUUGUUGCUGAUGACAUUGCUUCUGCUAAAUUAAAUAGAAACUUCAGGAAAGUGAAAGGAAAAAAAACACAACCGUUAGCUACUACUAUUCUGAGCAUCAGAAUUUCAUCUGAUCUUGGAGUCUCUAGACUGAAUCAGCAAAGUUUGGAAUUUGCUUGCGAAUGUAUAGAUUUGGUAUUCUAUUACUGUUUGGCAUUCAUGACUCCUCUUAAAGGUAUGGCACACCUAACUAUUUAAUCUCCUUUCCCACUCCCAAUCUUAGAAAACUGAUUCCGCCCCAUGCCAGUGCAGUUGAUUUUGAUGGCUGCAUUCAUUUUAUCACCAGCAUAUUGUGUUCUGAGAGAUUCCACUAUCUGUCCUGUUGGAUGCUUGCUUGAUUUUUCGGCUUCUUAUUUCUCAGUAGAUAGGUAGCAAUAAAAAUAAAAAAGAAAAAGGAAAAAAAAAAAAAGAACUUUUUCAGAGGUUCUGUGUUACAACCGUAACAUUCUUUAAUCUGCAUAAUUCUCGUUGUUGCUCUGUAGGUUAAAAAUGCAGGUAUUUUAACUUUGUGUGAAUGCCAAACUAAAAGUUUACAGUUUUCCUUUCUGGAUUUUGAGUAUCUUCUGUUGUAAAGAAAAAUAUUAAAAGCAAUAAAUUAUUUUUAAGAAAUCAAUAUUUAGUAGAUUAUAUUAUGUGUUCAAGGACCAGAUGCAUUACCUAUUUUGCCUUUGAAUUUAUGUGAUUACAUUUUAAAUACAUUUUCUUUUGCCCUAUAUUGCUGACAUGAAUAAAUUGGUGUGGAUUUGUUUUGGGGGGGAGAGGGAAGAGGGGAGCGUUGGUUAUUUUUUUGCCAAGCAGGCAAAAAGUCAUAGAUCUUUUUUUUUUUUUUCACUGGCCUGGCAAGCAUUCUUAUCUUGAAGAUGGCUUUCCUCUGUGGAUUUACAGAUUACAUAUAGAAAUUAAUGUAGAGCUAGGAUUGCUGAAUAAAGCUAUUUGUAUCCUUUGUAGACACUGUAGUAAAUAACCCAUCAAAAUAUAAACUCCGUUUUUCCUUUUUUUCCCCCUCCCAAGAACAUUUCAAAUUAGCACAUGUGCCACAUUGUCACUGGCGGCAAAUUGCAGCAUAGCUCUGUAUGUCUUUGAGAUGAAGAUUGUACUGUUGCUUUCAUGCUGUGGUAAGUACCACAUCUGCAAUACAGGUAACGGAAUUGCUACUUAAAAACUAUGGUCUUUUCUGGAGCUAUAACAAAGUAAUUCCUCCAUAAGGUAAAAUGAUCCAAAUCCAAACAGAGGGAGCCUAAAAUUGUGGAAAAAAUAUCCAUACUGAACUGCUCUGAAAAUCAGUUGGGCUGCCAUCACCAAGAGCAGCACUGAGAAGAAAGUUUGUGCCUCUGGGGUGUAAUACUUGGGUCAGCUGGAAAAAAAAAAAAAAAAAACAA